GCAAGAUGUAUAGAAGGAACAUGACACUUUGGCUCUUACUUCAGCUCUCACCCUGGCCCUUGUUUAGUGGCCGCUUACUAUGGAUUUUGAUUCCAGUUUCCAAAGGAGUACAAACCAGUCUCUUUCGACUCAUAGAAUCGGGUCAGCCGAAUGCCGCUAUGCUAGUCUGAGGAGCUAUUUAUCAGCUAACUGAUACAAAAAAGAACUAUUCUAGAAUCGUGUCCCAUCAGACACGCGCUCCUUGACUUCACGUAAAAUUCUUUCAAUUGGUCCAUCGUGCCCGGUGUAGAUGUGGUCGUGAGCAAGCUUUCCGGUGCC